CGAGGCUCUGACCAUCACAGAAUUCGUCUCUAGCAUCUCCAAUUCGCCCAUUGCGGAGGGCCAGCGCCUCGAUCACCCGUCAUGCCGCCCUCAACAUGUCUCCGCAGCCUCUCGCAACUGUCACUUGAUGCCGGCGCCCACAGCUGCAUCGCCCCGCGCCUGCUACGCCCACAGACAGCCUGCUUUUCCACAUCGGCCGCCCGCUAUGCUGUGGUACAGAAGAAGAAGGGCAUGACCGCCGCCCCAAAGAAGGGUGUCAAGUCUCUGAACACCAAGAAGGGCAGGGGAUCCGCAGCAGGCGAUUCCGGCAAACGGCCAGCACAAGGAGAGCGGAAAGCCCAGCGCAAGCGCAUUGUUCUGAGCAACGACAACGCAUUAGAAGUGUCCUCGCUCCAGGACCUCAGCAAGGAAAAUGUCCUCAACGAGCAGAAUGAGGGCAAGGUCAUGGGACUGCCACAGGAAAACGUAGUGGAUGCGCUGAGAGCCGUCGAGGCGUUCAAGACGACCCAGGGAUGGAGUCUGUUUAGACGGCCGGCAGUGUUGAUGAGGAAGGAGGCCAUCGAACUCGCGAGACUGUUCAAAGAGGCGGAGAGCUCCAAGAAGACAAUACGAAGAAUUCUGUCUGGACAAAGAAUGAGCGGGAAGAGCACAUUGGUACUCCAGGGUCUGACGAUGGGUAUUCUGCGGGACUGGUUUGUGAUCAACCUCCCAGAAGCCCAGAACCUUGUCAACGCUCACACAGAGUAUGCACCACUCCCGAACUCAGAACCAAUGCAGUACACCCAAGACGCAUACACUGCGAACCUCCUCCAGCAAAUUCUCCAGUCGAACGGAGCAUUCCUCGCGGCGACGAAACUUAGCACACAACCUGAGCUACCUCUCCCGCUUCCUGCAGGUGCUACACUAAAAGAGCUGGCAGCGCUUGGAAUGGCCAACCCCGAGGCAUCAUGGCCCGUCUUUGUUGCGCUAUGGAACGAGCUGUCUCUACCCGGUCGUCCACCUAUUCUUCUUGCAGUCGACGGUCUAUCACACAUCAUGCGCCACUCUGAGUACAUGUCUGCGGAAGUGAAGCCUAUUCAUGCUCACGACCUGACUCUUGUCCGCCAUUUCGUCGAUCACCUUUCAGGUCAAAGAAAAUUACCCAACGGCGGCAUGGUGCUCGGCGCAACAUCGCGAUCCAACGCACCCGCUUCCCCAGCGAUGGACUACUGCAUCGAAGCAGCCGAGGCCCGCCAAAAGGGUGCAGGCAAGCUACCACCAUGGAACCCCUACAAGAAUGUAGAUGCACGCGUGAUGGAGGCUCUCAAGGGCCUCCACAACGACUCGACUGAAUUUGACAUUAUCAACGUCGGCGGGCUAACCAAGGAAGAGGCCCGGUCGAUCAUGGAGUACUAUGCUGAAAGCGGCAUGUUGCGACACCAAGUCAACGAGGGCUUCGUAACGGAGAAGUGGAGCUUGGCGGGUAUGGGGAACAUUGGCGAGCUGGAGAAGGCCAGUGUCCGAAUGCGGUUGUAGGUGUACUAUACUGUAUCACGAUAUGUAAAGCACGUGUAGCAAUGUCAAGCAUCAUCUGGUCUUGCUAAUUGCAAAGGUACAUCCAAGCCAACAGCCUUUCCCAUCGCUCCUAUCCAUAUCAUCAGAUACUCAUCCGCUGUAACGUUUCUGUCAAGAGAGGCUUCCAUCACGCCAGCCGUCUGACACGGAUGGAUGAAAAACACAGGUCUGUUGGUGGCCGGAUGAUCCUAUGAAGAUCAGUUUGAUACCGCGCAUGCAGUUGCUUGUCUCACAGUAAUAGUGAUGCCUCCAAUGACACCAACAUUCUCAGUCUGUGCCUUGAACUGCAGCGGGACC